AUGGAGGUUUCAGACGGAAACGUGUCUCAAGCUUUGAAAAGAUGUCUGGAUCCUGCGCUGUUGGAUUCCACAGAGGCUGGGUUUUUUCAACCCGAGUCCAAUUGGUCGCCGGAUGAGGCUGCGCCAUCGUGGCCAUCAUUUGGUGCUUCGCCCAUGAUGCCGAUUCAGCAGGCAGCGUCUCUUGGAGACCACCAUCCCGGCGAGACAGGCACGCGUCCGCAAGUUCGGGACUGGCCGAUCCAGGACCAGGCUUUGCCAGACGACGCGAGCAAAAGGAGGCCGCAAAGUCCUCACCAACAGGACCGUUCGGUGAGAGUUGUGACCCGCGCAAGGUCCAAGCAGAGAUCGCCGUCCGGUGCAACCGACAGCCCCCCCAAAAGACAGAGGCAAUCGAAGUCCAAGGAGGCGGGAACAGAGGGCGGCAGCGUACAUGCAGAUGCCGAGGAUGCUACUCAUCGCCAAGGAUCUCUCGAGCGCAACCGCAUCGCUGCUUCCAAGUGUCGAAAGCGCAUGAAGAAAUGGGUUCAUGAUCUCGAAAAGAGGAACUCUGGGCUGGAGAAGCGCCACAAAGAUCUCCAGAUAGAGUAUCUCUACCUCGUGCAGGAAAUAUCCGAGCUAAAGAACUACAUCCUAGGCCAUGCGAGCUGUCGCGAUCCUAACAUUGACACGUGGCUCGACAACGAGGCUUCAAAGUACGUGUGCAACUGA